GUUGCUCAAAUAAAGAAACGCUAGUUUCCGGUUUUCGACGAAGCUCGUCUGCUCUUCGCAGGUAUCCGAUCCGGAUGCGACAAUUAUGAGGCACUUAACCGUAUAUAACGAUUUAUUUUAUUUAGUAAAAUUUUAGGUAGUAAAACUUCACAGUUUUCUUUGGUACUUACAGAUUGAUGCAUGCAUGAUACAUAUGAAUUCAGUUUUAUUUUCGUAUCACAAUAUUAAAAAUGACGAUAUUUUUGAUUUGCAAAAUGGCGGGAAAGGGUGACUAAUGCCCGGUAUAUUGUCCUCGUGUAUGGUAAUUAUAAGCAGUAACAAACGUGGUACUUACGAAGAAAAAAGUAAAACUGCAACAAUCGAAUUAAUACGAAAAUGGCCAAAAGAAGUGCUGCAAUUCAGAUUAAUGACAGUAAUUGGGACGCUGAGGAAGAGAGCGAAGAGGCAGGUCAAUUUAAAAUUGCUGGUGCGGCAGAACUGAGUCAAAGAGUAAUCAAGAAAGCCAAAAGACGUGUUCCCGAGGGUGAAGUAUCUACCAAUAGUUUCAAAGGUUUCCAAGGAUUUGGCACCACGGAGAAAAUAGGACAAAAAACUACUUCAACAUUUGCCGGCUUUCAAGGCUUUUCAAAACAGGCUAAAAACAGGUACAAAAUAUAA